UGGUGCCGGGGGAGGGGGAGGUGAUGCAAAACCUGCGGUCCCAGCGUUUAGCAACUUCCCGUCAGCCGGUCAUGGUCCUGUCCCCUCCCUGGGGUGAAACCGGGGAGAUUUGGCAUCUUUGGUCUGCCCUGAGUGGGGAGGUGACGCUCUGCUCUUGUCCCUCAGUUGGCAGGGUGAUGCCAGCUUGACCCAGAGCCAUGUCCAGGUACCUGAAGCACUUCACGGUGGUGGGCGAUGACCCUGUGCAGUGGAGCAACGACUACCAGAAAUGGGAGGAGGAGGAGGACAAUGGGGACAAGCAGCAGGACUCGGAGAUCAAGGUGGAGCCCACCAGGAGACAGAUCUCCUUCCAGGACAUGAUGAAAAAGCUCUUCAGCUCCCACAGGUUUCAGAUCGGGGUUGUCUGGCUGGUGAUCCUGGAUGCCUUGUUGGUUCUUGGGGAAUUGCUCAUGGACUUGAAAAUCAUCCAUCCGGACAAAUAUAACAUAACCCCAAAGGUUUUCCACUACCUCUCCCUGUCCAUUUUAACCAUCUUCCUGGUCGAGGUGGGGUUCAAGGUGUUCGUGUAUCGCCGCGAGUUCUUCCACCACAAGUUUGAGGUGCUGGACGGGGUGGUCGUGGUCGUGUCCUUCGUGCUCGACGUCGUCCUCAUCUUCCAGGAGCACGAGUUCGAGGCCGUGGGGCUCCUGAUCCUGCUGCGGCUCUGGAGGGUGGCCCGGAUCAUCAACGGAAUAAUUUUAUCAGUGAAGACCCGCUCGGAACAACAAGUGUCCAAGUUAAAACAAGCCAACCUGAAACUUGCAACAAGGCUGGAACAACUGGAACACAGCUGUGUAGAGAAGGAGCAAGAAAUCGAGAGGCUGAACAACAUCUUAAAGCAGCACGGACUCCUCAGCCAGCCAAAGUAGGAGGCCAGUUUUCCAAGGUGGGAAUUCUGCCUGGAGAGUGCAGUGUUGGAAUCCACCAGUUUGACCUGAAAGGUUUUUCUGUCUCUUUACUUCCUCUUGCAUUGUGUUGUCUAUAAACAUUUUCUAUUUGACCACACUUUGAUCAGACCUUGAGAUUGCAAAAAGAGUUUUGCUGGAAAAUUAAUCACACGCAGUCCGUGUAAACAACAGUUUUUUUCCCCUUUCUUGUACAGUUGUACAGUCAAAAUUGCAAAAUAAGUUAAUAAAGACACAUCUUUACAAGCUACA